AUGUCGGGCCCUUGCGCGGGUCCCUCUACAACAACAGCGCCACUCAUCCCAGACAAGAUCUUCCCAAACCUGUAUCUUUCAGACAUCCAUACCGCAGCAGCAGUCUUGAGUCCGAAUUACUGCGCGCCAGGCUUGGAUCGCCCCAAGAUCAAAUAUGUCCUCUCUAUCAUUGACAACCCCGACAGACAACCGAAAGUUCCUCCUGGACGCGAAUCAGAAUUUGUCCUGAAGCUGGUCAAGAUCCGCGACCUGCCCAAUUGCGACCUGCUCAGCAUCCUCAAAGAAGCGUGCACUUUCAUCGGGACCAGCCUGAAGAACAACGACGGCGGAGUCCUCGUCCAUUGUCAGAAAGGUAUCUCACGGUCGGCAGCCGUUGUCAUUGCGUUCGUCAUGGAGGAGAUGAACCUGAACUACGACACCGCAUUCCGCUAUGUCCGCAGCAGCCGUUCCAAGGCCCGGCCCAACGCAGGUUUCCAACAGCAGCUGAUCUUGUGGUCGACACUCUGCUACAACAUCCACGAUGAAGACGGCAACGAGAAACCUGAGUAUGUCGCUUGGAGGACAGAAAAUGAAGAACGGAUCAAGAAACUCGGGCCGCGCUGGACAGGCUGA